CAAAUUGUCGCCGCCAACGUGAGGCAUUGAUUCUUAUGUUAAUCAAUCGGAUUUGUUGAUUAAAGCAAAAGUUUUUUUUUGUUUUUGAAUUUCCCUUAGUAUUUAUUUUUAGUGUCUAAUCUAUAUCUCUUUCAUAUUGUUUAUUAUUGGAUUAAUUACGCUUAUUAUGCGUUUAUUAUGACAUGUUCUUGUGGUAGUUCUUGUGUUCUUGUGUAGGCUAUAUAUAUUCUUGUGUUAAACUUGUGUAGUGGGGUAGAAUAUUCUUAAGUCAGUGCUGGGAAUUAUAAUUGGUUAAGUUAUAGUGAAAGUUUAUCUUCAUCAGUGGGCUCUAUAGUACCUAGUGAUAUAGGACAUGUAUUUUAGGGUAUGUUAGUUUAUAAUUUGAGAAAUAGGCGUAUUAUUAAUUCUGAAACCGAAAUGGCUGAUAGCGAGGGAAAUCUUAAUGAACAGUAUACUGAAACUAGCGAGGGAUAUUCAGGUGACAGCAGCCCGGUAGAUUCAGAUAAUUUAGAAGAUAAUUCUGAAGCCUCUAAUGACCAAGUAGGGAUGGGAGCAGUUAAUGAUCCUCACACGACUCAAACCCAUGACUCAACUAGCGAGGGAAAAGAGGACCCAUUGAAAAUAAUCAUGGCAGGGUUAAAAGAAGAGUUAGGUGCCUUAUUUCAACAAAAUAGAAGAGAAAUAGCAGUGAAAUUGGACGAAAACAGGAAAGAGAUUCAAGAAGUUUCCAAAGAGGUAAAAAAUUUACAAUCUCUCAAAACAAUUGUUGAGAAGAUACAAAAAGAUGUAGGUUUUCUAGAGAAGAAGAUUGAGAAUAAGAUUGUAGAAAAAACGGAAGAAAUUCGUAAUGAAAUUUCUAAGAAAAUCUCAGUAAUUGAAAACACCGUUGAAAAAGUUGACGCGAGAAUAACAACAGAGAUUGCUUCAGUUAGAAGAGAAUUGUCUGCAAAAACCGUGGAGAUUGACAAUGAGGCGUUAAAAAGAGUAGAACAAAGAUUAGACGAGUUCCAGCAAGAGAAAAAUAGGAUUUGUGAUACUCUAGAAAUAGUCAGGAACAGACCUAUUGUUGUAAAUACGAAUUGCCGUGGAUUUGAUGACGUUCCUAAGUUCGACAAAUUCCGCGAGAAUCCUAUACAAUUUCUCAUAAAAAUUAAGGAAUAUCUCCAACGAAACAGUCGUGAAUCUUGGGCAGAACAGGCCGGUGUGAUGGAGAAAUCAUUCGACAAUCAGGAGGCAGCGUGGUGGAUGAUUGUGCAAACGACUAUCACAACGUUUGAAGUAUUUGAGGAGAAGUUUAAAGCAAAAUUCUGGAAUGAGAAAAUACAGGAUACUGUGAGAGAUAGGAUGAAAAAUGGAAAAUUUGUGAGAGGGAGAAAGUUGAAUGCUAAUGAGUAUUUCAUCAAACAAGUACUCAUUGCACGAAAUUUGGAACCAGCAAUGUCAGAAGAAGAAAUUAUUGUAAAACUUGCUAAACACUACGGAGUAGGCUUGGAGAGUGCCAGAUUUAAUAGAAAUAUUAAAACGGUUGAGAACAUGGAGCGGUUACUAGAAGAAUGGACUGAACAGAACAUUGAUGCUGAUCAGAAAGGUUUGAAAGAGGCUGGGAAAAAGGAGAACAAGAUCGCCAAUCAGAAUUCGAUGGAACGAAGCAACCAAAGCCCGAAGUUUGAGAGAAGGAAUUACGACAAUCAACAGGAACAAAGGCAGAAUGAUAAUCGACAGGAUAGAAGGAAUUAUGGUAAUCAGAAUUACAACCAUAAUAAUCAUUUCAAUGGAGGUGGAAGAGGUGGAAGAUGGAACUCGAACUAUCACGAGGAUCGGCGAAAUAAUGAUUACCAGCAGAGUCGGAGAAAUAAUGGUGAAAGGAAUCAUAAUAGAAGCAAUGAGGAUGUAAAUAAGGAUGAUAAAACGGGAACCGCGAAAGUAGCUGAGAGCAACAAGACAAAAAACUAAUUAAUGUACCUGUGAGAGCCCGAUCGCAGUGUCAAAAAGGUGGAGAAGGGACUACAAAGUUUUCUUGGUAUGUGCAAUUUUUAUCGCCGAUUUCAAGAUAAAUAUGCAGAGGCUACGGUACCGUUUAAACACGUUUUGAGUAGCAAGAAUACCUGGAGAUGGGGAC